GUGGCAAAAAAAAUUCAGGAGAGAAAAUGGCGACGGCGGGGAGCCGGACCUCGUCGUCGGGAUUAUUAGAGUCAGUUGAGUGUGUGAAUGUUGUGGGCGGACCUCAGGGUGGUUGCAGUGCGCCUGGUGUUCCGAGCAGUCCCGGCAAGGUGAAGAGAAACGCCGGGGAAGGCGCGCAGUGGAGACGGAAAGAGCUGCGGAAAGUGAGGAGUGUGGAUCUGGAGAAAGCCGAGGUUCUGCAUCUCUCCGCCGGGAGCGCCGCAGCUCCCAUCGCCGCACAGCUCCACUACUUAUCCGUGUCCUCUCCUGCCUCCGUGCAGCACAGCCGGCAUGUCCAGCACAGCAACUCGCUCACCGAACAUCCUCUCCUCGAUAAAGCUAGCAAUAUUUUGACUUCUGGCGCUCAGGAAUUAUCCAAAAGUUCAAGCCGGAGCAGCGGCGAGGAGCUCAGUGCUGAUCAUCAUGUAACUCCUGGAACUUCAGUGGACGUGAGCUGGACACAGAGCCGUGACAUGGAGAACAAAGAGACGCUGCGUGGACUGCAAAAGAUGGAGGAUCGGCCAGAGGAGCGCAUGAUCCGGGAGAAGCUCAAGGCCACCUGCAUGCCCACCUGGAAACACGAGUGGCUGGAGAGGAGAAACAAGAGAGGCCCAGUGGUCGUGAAGCCCAUUCCUCUGCGGCCAGACAGCAGUGAAGCUGGACAGCUGGGGCUCGAUGCAGGCAGUGACGGCGCAACCUCCUCUUCCUCUCAGAGCAGAGGCCGUCGCAGCCCCUCCCCUGGAUCUUCCUCAUCCUCCGUCUCUUCCACUUCCUCGUCUGCCAAGACGGCUGGGAAACCCGAGUCCCCCGGCGUCCGCAGAAAGCGGGCAUCUCCAGUUCCUUUUCAGAGCGGCAGGGUAACGCCUCCCCGACGAGCGCCAUCGCCUGACGGCUUCUCACCUUACAGUCCUGAAGAGACCAAUCGCAGGGUCAACAAGGUCAUGAGGGCCCGUCUCUACCUACUCCAGCAAAUUGGACCUAACUCCUUCUUGAUUGGAGGAGACAGCCCGGACAAUAAAUACCGGGUGUUCAUUGGACCUCAGACCUGCAGCUGUGGUCGAGGGGCCUUCUGCAUCCAUGUGCUUUUUGUCAUGCUGAGAGUCUUCCAGCUGGAGUCGUCCGACCCACUGCUCUGGAGAAAGACCCUCAAAAACUUUGAGGUGGAAAGCUUAUUCCAGAAGUAUCACAAUCGGCGGAGCUCGCGAAUCAAAGCCCCGUCUCGCAGCACCAUCCAGAAGUUUGUCUCGCGCAUGUCCAGCUCUCAUACUACCUGCACCUCCAGCUCGUCCCCCUCCAGCAACGAGAGCAGUAUGAAGGAUGAGGAAGAACAGAUGUGUCCGAUCUGUCUGCUGGACAUGCUGGAUGAGGAGAGUCUGACUGUGUGUGAGGAGGGCUGCAGGAAUAAGCUGCACCACCACUGCAUGUCCAUAUGGGCAGAAGAAUGUCGGAGAAACCAUGAGCCCCUGAUCUGCCCUCUGUGUAGGGCCAAGUGGAAGUCGCAUGAUUUUUACAGUCAUGACCCAGCAUCUACAGUAGAAAGCUCCAUAAGUCGCUCUCAGAGCCUGGUAUCUUCAUCCACCGCUUCAUCCUCCUCCCAAGCUGAAGGUCAGAGGGCAGCUCAUGAGGGAGACUUCUCUCUCCCACACUACGGAGUGCAGCAGAUCCCUCAGACUUAUAAAGAACUGGCUGAGCCUUGGAUCAAGGUGUUUGGUAUUGAGCUGGUAGGCUGUCUGUUCUCCCGGAACUGGAACAUCAGAGAGAUGGCACUGCGGCGGCUGUCACAUGAUGUGAGCGGCGCUCUGCUCUUGGCCAAUGGCGAGCACUCGAUGGUGAGCGCAGGAGCGGGUCUUGGAGCAGCAGGAAGUGAAAUCUCAGGAGAAGUGGUGGUGGAAUCUUGCUGCAGUGUUCUCUCUAUGGUGUGUGCAGACCCUGUCUACAAAGUCUACGUGGCUGCACUGAAAACCCUGCGGGCCAUGCUAGUCUACACGCCAUGCCACAGUGUGUCGGAGCGCAGUCGCCUGCAGCAGCUGCUCCGGCCUGUGGUUGAGACCAUCUUGGUUAAAUGUGCUGAUGCCAACAGUCGCACCAGCCAGCUGUCUGUGUCCACUCUACUGGAGCUCUGUAAAGGCCAGGUUGGAGAGCUUGCUGUUGGUAGAGAGAUUCUCAAAGCAGGUUCUAUCGGUAUAGGUGGAGUGGACUAUGUGCUGAACUGUAUCCUGGGUUCCCAGACAGAGGCAAAUAACUGGCAGGCUCUUCUAGGCCGCUUGUGUCUGAUUGACAGGUUGCUGCUGGAGUUUCCAGCGGAGUUUUACCCCCAUAUCGUCACAGCCACGGACUGUGGACAUUCCCAGAAUCAGGUGGAGAGGUACCAGAAACUGCUGCGUCUGCUGAGCUUUGCGCUGCAGUCCAUCGAUAACUCGCACUCCAUGGUAGGGAAGCUGUCUCGCCGUGUGUUCCUGAGUGCCGCCCGCAUGGUGGCCCGCGUGCCCCAUGUCUUUGUCAAACUGCUGGAUAUGUUGAGUGUCACCAGCUCCACCCACUAUGCCCGCAUGCGCCGGCGCCUCCUGGCCAUUGCAGAGGAGAUGGACAUCCUGGACGCCGUGCACCUCGGCCUUGAGGAUGUGCAGGGGGGCGCUGGGCAGCACUGUGACGCCUUUCUGGAUCCCGCAGCUCCUCACAACUCUCCCAUUUCCACUGAGAGGAACUCACCCACUCACUACCUGCAGGAAAAGCCCUGUGGUAAAGUAGCUCGAUGUGGAACGGUCAGUGCCAAAACCGUAGAUGAUAUGUCAGACAGGUUGGCAUGUAUCACCAUUGGACCUACUGACUCCCCAAAACCCCCAGUUCAACCGCGUAGCCCACUUAGACCCCUGAGCCAGUGUCUUAAUCCACAUUCGCCCUCCUCCAGUCAGCCACCCCCGCUCCCGUCCCCUUCUACCUCUCAAGCCCGGCCACAAGGUUUUGUCCCUGGCAAGCUCACUAACUGCUCCCCAGGUGCCCAACGUAAAUUCCCGAUUCCCAAGGGUGCUAGUGGAGGAGGGACCAGUAAAGAUCCCGAAAAGCUGCCUUCCCCAGUGUUCUCCCAAGCCAGGCCUCUGCCUUCCAACCCCAUCCAUCGUCCCAAACCCUCACGGCCCUCUCUCUCUCCUUCCACCUCUUCAGAGGCAGCUAAAGCUCAGUGCCUAGGUCCAAAGAGCAAUAUGAAGCUCGAUCUUCAGGACGGUUCUCCACAGAGCUGCAGUGCCAGCUCUGUUUUUGUUCCUAGCGAUGACUCAGUCUUCACCCCAGUAGACGAUAAGUUCCACGGCCUGGACGCUUCGGCAGAGCUCAACUCCAGCAUGGAGGAUCUUCUGGAAGCAUCCAUACCGGUGGCAGACAGCACGGUGACGUUCCAGUCAGAGGUGGCGGUGUUGUCACCAGAGCAGGCUGGUUCGGAUGACGCAUACAGCCAGGAUGUGACACAGAACCAAAAGUGCAAGGAGAAAAUGGAGGCCGAAGAAGAGGAGGCGCUGGCUGUCAUCAUGGCAAUGUCAGCGUCCCAAGAUGCCCUACCCAGCAUCCCCCAGUUGCAGGUGGAGAAGGAGGAGGAUGUCAUCAUCAUACAGGUGGAUACACCAGAGACACUGCCUGGUCAUACCAAAGCAAAACAGCCCUACCGUGAGGGUGCGGAGUGGCUGAAGGGCCAGCAGAUCGGCCUGGGAGCAUUCUCCUCCUGCUACCAAGCCCAGGACGUCGGCACUGGAACCCUGAUGGCCGUCAAACAGGUGACCUAUGUGAGGAACACGUCAUCUGAGCAGGAGGAGGUGGUGGAGGCGCUGCGGGAGGAGAUUCGGAUGAUGAGCCACCUCAAUCACCCCAACAUCAUCCGCAUGCUGGGUGCGACCUGCGAGAAGAACAACUACAACUUGUUUGUGGAAUGGAUGGCAGGUGGCUCUGUGUCUCAUCUGUUGAACAAGUACGGUGCCUUUAAGGAAGGUGUUGUAAUCAACUACACAGAGCAACUGCUCCGAGGUCUGGCCUACCUCCAUGAGAAUCAGAUCAUCCACCGUGACAUCAAAGGUGCCAACCUGCUGAUUGACAGCACAGGCCAGAGGCUGCGGAUAGCUGACUUUGGUGCAGCAGCGAGACUGGCCUCCAAGGGCACAGGCGCAGGGGAGUUCCAAGGCCAGCUCCUGGGCACCAUCGCCUUCAUGGCUCCUGAAGUGCUGAGAGGGCAGCAGUAUGGCCGUAGCUGUGACGUGUGGAGUGUGGGCUGUGCCAUCAUCGAGAUGUCCUGUGCCAAGCCACCAUGGAAUGCAGAGAAACACUCCAACCACCUGGCACUUAUAUUUAAGAUUGCCAGUGCUACCACAGCACCCACCAUCCCUCCACACCUUUCUCCAGGCCUGAGAGACGUCACACUGCGCUGUCUGGAGCUGCAGCCUGCUGACCGGCCACCCUCACGCGAGCUCCUCAAACACCCAAUCUUCCGCCAUAAUUGGUAACACUGAGCAUCCAGGAACUACUGAAGCACCUGUCCGGGCUGCACCGUCACUGCUGUCGCCCCUGCGCACUACCAUUAGCACUAGCUUGGCACACACACACACACACACACUGGGCCUUUUACUGCUGUAGCCUCAGCACAUAAUGCAAAAGCAGCCAAUCGAGUGCCUUUAUAAACACAUCACGUCUCUUCACUGCGUUCUGUUUGUGUUAAACCAAGUCUCUGCUCCUUCCUGCACUGUUUGUUGCCAUUUCAAUCACAGGAAAGUGCUGAAAAGCUUUUAAAAUGAAAUCUCUGUAACUGGAGCAAGAUUUUUUUUUUUUUUUAAGUAAAGGUGUAAUAAUCUUGUUUUAAGUGGUGGAAUUUAUUUUUAAAUCUUUUGCAUUUAACCGUUACUUAAUAUUUGUGCAUUUUACUGUUGGGCCAUCGUGUUUUUUCUUUUUUGACAUGUAAAAACACCAUGAACGGGUUUCAGGGAAAGGUGAUGCUAAACAGAAACUUGGCUAUUUCAGCUAGCGUAAUACUUAAUGUGAAUGCUUAUAACGCCGUAUGUCUAAAUGUAUCUUUUUUUUUUUUUUCUCCCCCUUUUUUUUUUUUAAAUCUCAACAGAAAUCCCAUGUACAAAUAUGAUUUUGUAAGGAUACAUUUAUUAGCUUUCUGGAUUUGACGGAAUUUUUUAUAUCGAGACCAGCAAAUUGCUUUGAACCUCCUCACUGAACUUAUAACUUGUGGUGGUGUUAUGUUAAAAACCAUCGAUUUGUGGUUCUCUUUCCUUCGGUUUCUGUGAUAGCAUGUUAGCAUGUACAUGGGCCUUCAUUGUAAACGGUGUCACUUUUUUACAGGAAUUUUUUUUUUUUUUUCUUCUCAACUACCUUCUUGGUGCUGUUCAAUCUGAUGCUAAUAAUCAACGUUGACUUUUGAUCUUCUUGUUCUUAAAAAUGAUCCAGUGCAUGUUUUUAAGCAAUGUUCUUUGUCCAGCCGAGCAUUUCUGAUUCACCUCAGGCUGAAUAUAAGUGCUGUUAGCUGUUUAUGGUGGAGGGAUAUUACUGAGCUUGCGCCUUUUCUUUCUCAUCGGUGUUCUUUUCGAAAAAAAACGAGUCAGCUCGUGUUUUUGAUUAGAAACAUUGAGCAUAUUUUUAAAUCAGUUAAUUGUAUGAAUUGUAACUCUUCAAGUGUUGGUGGUGUUCUUGUAGCCUGUUAAACAAUGAUGCUCAGUUUUGAGAAUCCAAAAUAUAUAUGUAUAUUUUUUUUUUAAUUGCAAAAACCCCCCCCAAUCAAAUGAAGGGGUGUCAAAAAAUGAUUUUUAAAGAGAUAAUUUUAUAAAAAAAAAUUUUAACAAAUGUAUUUAAUGCACAUUUUGUGUGGGAUACAAGCUGAUCAGGCUUGAAGAGUUAAGAUGUAAAUAUAUGUGAAAAUUUUGGUAGCUAAAAUUAUUUUACUUGACUCCUGUAUUUUUAUACCACACUUUUUCCAUAAAUGCAUAUAUUUUGUUUUUCUUUUGGGUUUAUUUUAACUUUCUUUUUAAUGUCUUUAUGAAAAGCUUUAAAAUUAUGCACUCUUAGUCUUUUUAUAUACUCGAUAAAAGAUCAGAUUCAUUCAAAUUCAUAAAAGCUAAUCAGUAUUACUGAAAUGUCAUACCUGUAAUUCAGUACUUCAAGAUGUUUUGUUUAUUGAUUUUCUUUCUUUUGCUGUUAUGUAUUUUAUGUUGUACUUUUUGCCCUUUUUAUGGAUCAGAGCUGGACUGAAAUUGUGAAAUAAUGCUGUUUCUUGUCACUUGGUACUUUUUUUUUUCCCCCUUGGUUUUUCUUCUUUCUUCCUCCUUUUUGCCUUUUUUUGUUUGUUUGUUUUUUGUUUUAUUUCAAGUCUGUUGCUGUUUUAUUCCAGUCUCUACUACCUCAGGUGUCCUCUAGAGUUUCCUCUACCAAAGUUCACUUUCUCAUAAAUUUUUCUUUUGACUGUUUAUUUUAAUCUUUCUAUUUUUCAGAUUUCCAGGGCGAUGGGGCUAAUUUUAUAUUGGCACCAUUUUUAUUGUGCAAAUAGACUCGUGAAAUCUCUGGGUUAAGGAAACAGAACAAUUGGCUUAAGCUAUAUUCUUUUUAAGCAUAUUGAAAUGUUUUAAAAUAAAUUUUUUUUUAUCCCAUCGGAAACCUUUUUUAUAACAAAUUUGACUUAUUUUGGUGUUUGUCUUUUA